CCAGCUGGUCUGGCUCUUGGCGAUUGACGGUUGACGGGUGGGGAGAAUAUUGCUUGAAUUUUUCUUCGUGUCGUGAGUUUUGUAACGACUUCAAGGUGUGAAUUUUUUGUAUAAAUACAAAAUUGUGAUUACAGAAAAUUAUUAUUCAUCCAGCAACUGUAACGCAGUAUAGAAGAUCUAAUCAAAAUGAAACUCUUUCUUGUCACGUUAAGUUGUGUCCUUUUGGUGGUAAAUGGCUUGACUUACAUUCCGUCCUCGGCCCGUUUAAGGAGAGAUGUUUCGGAGCUGUUAGCCGAACCCAAAAAUGAAUAUUUGCCACCGACGGCAGAGGAAACAAACGAGGCUGAAGUUGCAACUGAAUUGCCCGUCGAGGAGGCUGAAGUUCAAGAUACUGCCGUUUUGGGUAAUGACGGCUACGAAUAUAAGACCGUGAAACGAGUUGUUGUAAGAAGUCGUCGUGAUGUUUCCCAUUUGAGUUUGAAUUAUUUGCCUCCUUUGGAAAUGGCAAAGCCGUCCAACGAAUAUUUGCCACCAGCCGCAAGCGAGGAGGAACACCAAGAAGAAGCCAUGCCAUCUGAAGAAAAUUCCCAACCUGCCGAAACAAAACAAGCCGAAGAAGUUGAAAUGGCCACUGAAGCUCCAGAGCCUUCAAAGGAAUAUUUGCCACCAGCACAAGAAACCAAGCCCGAAGCAGAAGAAAUGACAAUCAGCGAAACACCAAACAAAGAAUAUUUGCCACCAGCCAAAGAGGAAGAGAAAGAAAAAGAACCCGCUUCGGAAGAGGUCAAUGAAGAAAAACCCAAUGAAGAAAUAUCCAACGAGGAAGCUGUCACUGAUGCUCCCCUUGAAGAUGCCCCAGCCGAAGUUAAAGAAGCUGCACCCGAAGCACCCAUUGACAACGAAGAAACCGCCGUUUUUGCCGAGGACGGUUAUCAUUAUAAGCAGCCCAGUGAAGUUCCCAUGGAACUGAUGACCAUUGAGCAAGAACCUGCCUCAAACCCAGAAACCUUGGCUCCCCUUGAAGAGGGUGUUGUCGAGGCUGAAGGUCCCGAAAAUGGUGAAUCUGCCGUCUUGGCUGAGGAUGGCUAUCACUAUCGUGUCAUUAAGCGCCGUUCCUAGUCUGGAUGAACACUCCCACUUGUUUUCUAUGUUUAAGUUUAGUAGCUCUCACCCAGGCGAGGCGAGGUGCUGCUGUUCCAUGAAUUUAAUUAACUUAAGAUAUAAAACGUUUUGUUUUUGAAAAUUUCAUUCUCAUUAUAGUUGAAGUGUUAAUUUUUGUUGGUAAUAUGUUUCUGCUUUACGCCAUCGGUAAGUUCGCUUACAAAUAAAAUGUUAAUUCAAUUAAA